CGCCCCACCACACCCCGGGCGGCUGGGCCAGAGCCUCCGGGGACCAGGGGCUGGAGCCUCCUGUCAGGCCGCCAGGGGUCCCGCCCACGUUGGGCGGGAUGGAGCAGACAAGCCUAUGACUCAUGACCAAGUGGUAGGUGGUGUAGAUGGGCCCGCGGAGAGACCGGGUGGGAGCAGAGACGCCCCCAGCCUCCUUGCCCGGUGUCCCACGCUCGGGAGGGGUGGCCCGGAGCAGCUGGGCAAGCGGCCUCCUGCCCCUUCAGGGACCCCGGACGCUCUGCUGCUCCCCGCACUGCACAUCGCUCCCCGCAGGAGCAACCCGCGCCUGGGGCCACGAUGAACUGGGGGGUGUUCGAGGGGCUCCUGAGCGGCGUGAACAAGUACUCCACGGCCUUCGGGCGCAUCUGGCUGUCCCUGGUCUUCAUCUUCCGCGUGCUGGUGUACCUGGUGACAGCCGAGCGCGUGUGGAGCGAUGACCACAAGGACUUCGACUGCAACACCCGGCAGCCCGGCUGCACCAACGUCUGCUUCGACCAGUUCUUCCUGUCGCACGUGCGCCUCUGGGCGCUGCAGCUCAUCCUGGUCACCUGCCCAUCGCUGCUCGUGCUCAUGCACGUGGCCUACCGCGAGGCUCGGGAGAAGAAGCAUCGCCAGGCGGCCGGGGAGGGCAGCGGCCGCCUCUACCUGGACCCCGGCAAGAAGCGGGGCGGGCUCUGGUGGACGUACGUCUGCAGCCUGGUGUGCAAGGCUGGCGUGGACACCGCCUUCCUGUGCGUGUUCCACUCCUUCUACCCCAAGUACACGCUCCCUCGUGUGGUCAAGUGCCACAUCGCUCCGUGUCCCAACACGGUGGACUGCUUCAUCUCCAAGCCCUCCGAGAAGAACAUCUUCACGCUCUUCAUGGUGACCACGGCCAUCAUCUGCAUCCUGCUCAACCUCGUCGAGCUGGCCUACCUGGUGGGCAAGAGGUGCCGCAAGGGCUUGGCGCCGAGGACAGCCCGGGCCGAGGGCACGUGCUGCUGCCCGGACUGCGCCGCCUCCUCCCGCGCGGGGCGUGACCUCCUCUCAGGCGACCUCCUCCUGCUGGGCUCCGACUCUCAGCCUCCCCUCUCCCCCAACCACCCCCGGGACCACAUGAAGAAGACCAUCCUGUGAGAGCCGCCCGUGGAGCCCACCUCUCCCGCAGGGGCCGCCCCGGGGAGGGGGGCUGCACCUGCUGCAGCUGUGGGGCCUCGGCAGGUGACCCCCUCCUUGCUGAACCUCAGCUUCCUUCUGUGUAAGAUGGGGCGACGCCCGCAUCACAGGGCAUCACAGGGAGGCGGCCGUGAGGAUGUGCCGGGACCUCCGGGGGGCGGCGGGGAUGGGGAUACACGGUCAAGGCUUAAUAAAGGUCAACUCAUCCACCUGA